AUGUCCGCUCCGCCACAGCAGUUGGAACGGUUGCAACAGUUGAAGCCAAGUGCUUCGAUAGUUGAAGCGUCCGCAACCAAUGAUUUCCACAGCAAGAGCCUACACGCUGCUGACGAUGACCAAUUCCACGAUUUGGAAUCCAGCAAGGGGAAAAUCGCCUCUUCCGACGGCAUCAGUGUCCGGGAACUUUCCAAAGAAUCAAGCAAUAGCAAGAACCAUUUGACGUGGGGGCAAAAGUUUAAGCUCAAGUGCCCCUGGUACAAGCUUGCAUUUCAAGUGUUUUUAGGGUGCUUUUUCACGUCGUGGUGGUUGUCGAUUGUCAUUCAGGACAAGCAUCGACACCAAUGGUUGAUCCCCACGAUUAUCUGGGGGAUGAUCAUGGUGAGGCUUAUUACUUGGCACUGGAAGAUUUUGAACUGGGUAUUGGCCAGAGUCAAGAUUGCAUGGGAUUACGUUACAGAUGUCAUUUACACCAGGUUCUUGACCAAGAGGUAUCAGAGGUUGAUUGCCGGUGCAUGUGUCUUGAUUGCAGUUGUGCUCUUGGGCACUUUCAUCCCUGGGGAAACUGAUUUUUCAAAGAGACCCGAUAGGGCCAUUUCAUUCUUUGGAUGCAUUGUUGCUGUGUUUGGGCUCUUUAUCACGUCAAAGCACCCUAAACAGAUCCAGUGGAACACCGUGAUUGGCGGCUUGCUCAUGCAAUUCAUCGUGGCCUUGUUUGUGUUGCGGACCAAGUGCGGAUUCGACGUGUUCAAUUUCAUUUCCACCUUGGCGAGAGAGUUGUUGGGGUUCGCCAAAGACGGGGUGGCGUUUUUGUUGAACAAGGAAAUUGCCAAUUACGCAUAUUUCUUCUUCACCGUUUUGCCGGCAGUGGCAUUCUUUGUGGCCUUUGUCCAUAUCUGGUACUACUUUGGCGUGAUCCAGUGGGCGAUCCGCAAAUUUGCGUUUUUCUUCUUUUGGACAUUGAGAGUCUCUGGCGCAGAGGCAGUCACGGCGGCCGCUUCCCCAUUCAUUGGAAUCGGCGAGUCCGCCAUCUUGGUCAAGGACCUCAUGCCAUAUUUGACCAAGGCCGAGUUGCACCAGAUUAUGACUUCGGGAUUCUCAACGAUCUCAGGUGCGGUAUUAGUCGGCUACAUUGGGUUGGGAUUGAACCCGCAAGCGCUAGUCAGCUCCUGUGUCAUGUCGAUUCCGGCAUCGUUGGCCGUUUCCAAGUUGAGAUACCCUGAAACCGACGUGCCCAUUUCCAGCGGUAAAGUGAUGCUUCCUAAACAGGCCGAGGAGGAGAUCAAUCAAGACGAGCCCAAGAAUGUUCUUCAGGCAUUUUCCAAUGGUGCUACUCUCGGCUUGAAAAUCGCAGGCACGAUGAUGAUCCAGUGCAUGUGCAUCAUUGCCCUUGUGGCUCUUUGCAAUGGUAUCCUCACCUGGUUCGGCAAGUUUUGGAACAUCCAUGAGUUGACCUUGGAACUCAUGAUGUCGUACUUGUUGUACCCAGUCGGGUUCUUGUUGGGCACGCCAAGAGACGAAAUCUUGAUUGUUUCCAAGUUGAUUGCAUACAAGUUCAUCCAAAACGAGUACGUGGCGUAUAACUUGUUGAUGAACGAAGCUCCAUAUAAUGCAUUAUCGCCAAGAGGCCACUUGAUUGCUACUUAUGCCUGCUGUGGGUUUGCAAACUUGGGGAGUUUGGGUAUCACAUUGGGUGUGUUGAACACCUUGACCAAUAAUUCGAGGGCCAAGGACAUUUCCGCUAGUAUCAUGUCGGCUUUGUUCUGCGGCGGUAUAGCUACGCUUUUGUCUGCCGCUGUAUCGGGAAUGGUCAUGCAUGACUUGAGUAAGUUUGUACAAUAA